AUGAUGGCACCAGCGUUUUGGUUAUUCUUCUAUUGCUAUUUUAUUCAUGAGAAGGUUUUUCUUUCUUUUUUUUCCCCCCUUCUUUGUGCAAUUGUAUCUAAUUCUUUAACCUCUCUGUCUUUUCCUGAUUUCUUUUUCUUUACUCUUCAUUUCAUCUAUCUUUUUCUAUUUUUUCUCAUUUUCAUGCAAUUUUAUCUACUUCUUUAUCCACUCCCUCUCUCUCUUUUCCUUUCUUUUCCUAUCUUUUCUCUUCUUUGUGUAAUUUUAUUUAAUUCUUUAUCCUCCCUCUCUCUCUGCACGUUUUUUCUCUACCCCUCAUUUCAUCAUCUUUUUCCUAUCUUUUCUCUUCUUUGUGUAAUUUUAUUUAAUUCUUUUCCUCCCUCUCUCUGCACGUUUUUUCUCUACCCCUCAUUUCAUCAGUCUUUUCCUAUCUUUUCUCUUCUUUGUGUAAUUUUAUUUAAUUCUUUAUCCUCCCUCUCUCUCUGCACGUUUUUUCUCUACCCCUCAUUUCAUCAGUCUUUUCCUAUCUUUUCUCUUCUUUGUGUAAUUUUAUUUAAUUCUUUAUCCUCCCUCUCUCUCUGCACGUUUUUUCUCUGUUUCUUUAUUCCUUGCUUUAUCACUUUUUAUUUUUUUUGUAUUUUUCUUGUCUCCUCACCACCUUCUACCUCUCUUUUUCUCACAUCUUUUAUUUUUCUGUCUGUCUGUCACUUUUCUUUUUUUUCUUUCAUUUCUCAGAAAUGA